AUGCCUACACGCAAUGAUUCACUUCACGCUUCCCCUGUCUUUCUUCUGUCUGGGUGGCCUGGUCUGGAGCAUGUCCACRUGUGGAUCUCUAUCCCAAUUUGCUCCAUGUAUCUCACAGCCUUGGUGGGGAACUGCACCAUCCUUUUCAUUCUCAGAACAGAGCAGAGCCUCCAURAGCCCAUGUACUACUUCCUCUCCAUGCUGGCACUCUCUGACCUGGGCCUCUCAACAGCAACCCUGCCAUCARUGUUGAGUGUCUUCUGCUUCAAWUACAGAACCAUCCACUUUGAKGCWUGUCUUGUCCAGAUGUAUUUCAUCCACACCUUCUCCAUCAUUGAAUCAGCUGUGCUCGUGGCCAUGGCUUUUGACCGCUUUGUGGCCAUCCGGGAGYCCCUGAGGUAUACAUCCAUCCUGACAAACUCAGUGGUCACCAAGAUCGGAGUGGCCUUGACCAUGCGGGCGGUACUCUUGGUUUUCCCAGCUUCUUUUCUUCUGAAGAGGAUGAAGUAUCACAUGGUAAAUGUUCUUUCCUACUCCUUCUGUCUGCAUCAGGAUAUUAUCAAGAUGGCCCAAUCGGACAGGAGAAUCAGUAGCAUUUAUGGUCUAACUGUUGUUCUUUCUUCAAUGGCUCUGGACUCUCUCUUCCUCAUUGUGUCUUACAUGAUGAUCCUCAUGACCGUGCUGAGGAUUGCCUCCAAGGAGCAACGUUCCAAGGCCUUCAACACCUGCAUUUCCCACAUCUGCGCUGUCCUCAUCUUCUACAUCCCAAUGAUUGGUCUCUCUAUGAUUCACAGGUUUGCCCAAAAUGCCUCUCCUGUUGUUCACAUCAUCAUGGCCAAUGUCUACUUGCUGGUGCCACCACUGAUGAACCCCAUUGUGUACAGUGUGAAAACCAAGCAGAUCCGCACGUGCAUCAUGAGAAAACUUUGCAGGAAGUUGGAUGGGACUCCGUAG